AACUGACCCUUUACUCGGAUCAAAUCAUACAAGAAAAAAAAAUUAAUCCAAUUAAAAGCAUGUUCACCGAUAGUAUAAUUAUAAAUUAAUGUAUUCAAAUAAAUAAACUUCCCUCAAAUCAAUAUGCACAUUUAUUUCAAUUAUGUUGUCUUAUAAGUUAAUGACUCCAAUGUACUUUUAGAAUGUUAUAUUAAUAUAUUUUUAUUUGCCUAAAGCUUUAGGUGAAUUUAGAAUGAUAGACCCAUUUUAUGUGUCCUACUUUAAUUAGUUUGGCACACAUAUUAAUAAAGUAGUUGAAAAAGUAAAAGUUAUGAUUGCGAUUUGAGUGUAAUAAAGUGAAAUGUUGUUGACUACAUAUUUUUUUUCAGCAAAGAAAACAUGACACUUAUUUUGGGACAACUCAAAAAGGAAAGCCGGAGACAUGUAAAAUGGGACAGAGGGAGUAGUAAACUACUCCGUAUUAUCUUUAGUUUUUAUUUCUUUAAUGGAUUCCAAAUUAAAGGUGGAGGGCCUUGCCUUUUAAAAUUGGAUUAGCACUAUGUUGAUUAGACAUUAAGAUCAUAUACUUCCUCCAUUUUUUUUAAAUGCAACGUCCACUUUUCACGUUUGCCAACGCACAAGUUUGACCGUUGAUAUCUGUCAUUCUUUAUUAGUAAAAAUAUUAAAAAAAUAGAUUUUGAAAAUUUAGAAUGAGAGGAAUUUAACAAUAUUUUUUUAAAAUUUAAUUUAUGAUAUAUUAAUAAAUAAAAUUGAGUCAAAUUAAAGUAGAACAUGUGAAUAGUGGAAAAAGUCCAAUGUUGCUUUAAAAAAGAACGGAGGAAGUAUUUUUUAUCUAUGAGCAAGCAUGUGAACAACAUUAAGAUGUUCAUAAUUAGACCUAUUUCCAUCUAAAUAGCUUUGAUCAGGCUAUACUAGAUUUAAAGAAUACUCCGUAGUAAAUACACAUUUAUUAGUCGUUCACUAGACCAACUUAAACAUACCUGAUCAGUUUCUUUCUUUCUUUUUUUUUUUUAAAAUUUUUACAUAUGUAAUAUUAGUGUCGUAUGAAAGAUCAUAAAAAGAUCUUCAAUUUGAUAUUCAUUUUAUAAAAAUAAGAUCAGAAAUGAAAAAGUUAUAACAUUUAUUAUAAAAAAAGUUUUUUGCCACAUGGUAGCAAGAUAUUGGGUAGAGAGUCAAUCUUGAUAUAGAAUGGGCAUUUCCAUGUCAAACUACGAGAAUUAGACAACCCUUUUUUUAGUUGAGUUAGCGGUAGACCCUUUUUUUAGUUGAAUAGGUUGUUAAGCUAUUGUAAAUAAAUUAAAUAUACGAUAGUACUAAUUAAGGAUAUUUAGUUCAUCCCCACUUUGAUAUUCUUACACUAUUAUACACUAUGCCUGAAGAUACUACUGGAGCAGCUCCAGCAACAACACUAGUGUCAGAUGAAACUGAGCAACGGACUGCCGUAACGACGUCGUCUACGCUCACAACAGAGGAGAAAUCUGAUCAUCACCAGAUUCUCAUUCCUCCAAAACCAGAUCCAAACCCUACUAGGGUUUUGAUCAACAAGAAAUUCAUUGUGCUGAUAUUGACCAUUCUAACCUUCAUUUUGUCUUUACCCAUCCUCUUCACCCUCAUCUACUUGCUCUACACGCAGCAGUACGACUGCGAGGAUCUCCUCCGCCUCCCGAGGCUCCAAUACGCCAUCGUCAUCGGCCUCGCCGUCGUCUUCCUCGUCAGCAACCUCGUCCCUUACAUCUUCGCCUCCCGCUUUCCCAUCCCGGCGAUUGUCAUCGUCACCGUGCCUCUCAUCGUCAUGCUCGUUGUCGGCCUCGGCCUCGUCGGCGCUUACCAAGCCGAGGCCCGCAAGAUCCCGGGUUCGCCGCCGUGGCUCAAAUCCAAGAUGCAUGAUGACAAUGCCUGGCCCGCCAUUAAGACCUGCAUUUAUGAAACGAGAACUUGCAAGGAUUUAAUCGCCCGAUCGUACCUUCUCAAAUCGUUUAAUUUCUUGGCUACUGAUAAGCUAUCAUCAACCGAGGCGGGAUGUUGCAGACCGCCUCUGGUGUGCGACAUGGAACUGGUCAACGUCACAUAUUGGAGGAGGCCCUUGAAAAAGAAAGAGGAUGAGAACGGGGGAGAGUACAAUAACAAGGAUUGCAAUUUGUGGGACAACAAAGAAAGCAUUUUGUGCUACAACUGCAAUACUUGUAAAGAAGGGUUCGUGAAGAGCUUGGAGGGGAAAUGGCGGCGGCUUGGAGCUUUCCUUAUUGCCAUCUCUUUGUUACUCAUCGUCUCCCAUCUCUUGCUCUUUGUAGCUACCAUGUGGGAACGCUAUGGAGGAUAGCUAAAUAAGUAAUUGGUUUUAUUUUAUUCUGCAAUUCGUUUAGUUUUUGUCUUCCUUCUGCAGCUUGUGCAUGGAGCAUUAUAUUAUUGUUGUUAGAUUAACUAGAAAAUAGAAAUAGCUACUGUACUAGCUAGCUAGCGUUGGACGUUUACAAUUAUUUUCUUCCUUUUCUUUUAUUGGUUUUAAUAAAUUAGGGAUACUAUAAUUAUAUAUUGUGUCAUUUAAU